AUGGAUUUUUCAUACUUCAACGAGUUUGAGGAUAUAAACGCGAUCAAUGAACAGGAUGAAAUCAAUUACCAUCAAACUGCAUAUGUCGACCACGAUUUUAUGUCUAGUGAUGAUGAUAUUUGUUCGACUGAUGAUGAUAAUACCGCAAUUGGUAAAGUCGACAUCAUUGCUGAACAUAAUCCACGGGAUUUCCCACAAGUUGAAAAUAUUGAUCAAUCCAUUCAAGUUCCUGACAUUGAUCAACACUUGGUAAUAGCUGGUAAAUCGUAUUGGAUUCCAUAUGUCCCUAAUGAUAUCAAGCCAAUAAUAAACCAUAAAUACCCAUAUGAUGAUGCAAUUGAAGACAUGUACAGAAGAUAUGCAUGUGCAGCAGGCGGUCUAAUUGACGACUUCAAAAAUUACAUGAGGGAUCUCAAUUGCUUCAUAGGUGGUAGUGAUGCUCAGAUGCUAGUGGACAAGCUGAAUAACAGAAAAGAAAAUGUUAAUAAUUUUUCUUUUGAUUAUCGAGUUGAGAAUAAACAGUUGAAUGCUCUUUUUUGGGCAGAUGAAACAUCUAAGAUAAAUUAUAAAGAGUUUGGUGAUGUAGUUUCUUUCGAUGCUACUUUCCGAACUAAUAGGUACCAUAUGGUUUUUGUCCCAUUUACUGGAAUUGAUAAUCACAAGAGGUGUGUCACUUUUGGUGCUGGCUUGUUGAGCAGAGAAGACACUGAUUCCUAUAUAUGGUUGUUGAAAUCUUUUCUUAAAGCUUUUGGCAAACAACCUUUGUUGGUUUUAUCCGACCAAGACCCUCCAAUGAAGAAAGCCAUCGAAACUGUUUUCCCACAAUCGAUUCAUAGGCUUUGCAUGUGGCAUAUCACAUCUAAAUUGCCAUUGAAGGUUUCUUUGAACAUUGUCAACAAUCCUGAGUUUCGUAAAAAGUUCAACUUCUUGAUAUGGAAUUCUAGGCUUGAAGUUGAUGACUUUGAGAUACCUGCAUUUUUCAAGCAUAUACCUUUAUCAGGAUUAAUGCGAACCACAUCUCGUUCUGAAAAUGAGAAUUCAGCAUUUCACCAGAACACGCAUUAUGGUUCUACGCUUGUCCAUUUCAUGAUGUCAUUUAAAGCUGCUAUGGAGAAGCAAAGAUUCACUCAGUCAUCUUUUGACUUCAAAAAAUAA